GACGCCCUUUUUUUCUCUCCAACAUUAUUCCCUUCCCUUCUUCGUUUCCAUUCUAAUUUUCACUCCUCUAAUCUCUCUUUCAUUCCCCAAAUCACAAUUCCUCUCCCCUUUCUCAACCCUACCACCUCUCUCUCUCCGCCGCACGCGGCUAUUGCAGUCGAUUCCUUCUUCUCAUACAGAUUCGUUGUUUUCCUAAUCUUCCUCUUUCUCUACCCUACCCUACCCUCAUCUAUCUUUUUAUUUCUUAUUAUUAUUAAUUGAUUUUUUUGCAGUUGUCGCUUUCAUUAUCCCUCAUACUUGUUUUUCAUUUUUAUUUAAAAAAUCUAUAUAUCCGAAGCAUUUCGCUGUGGUCCCCGGGUUUUGAAUUUUCAUUCCUCGGAAUUCUUUAUUUUACUUUUUUACCCCUUGUAUUUAUAAUAACCAAGAAGCAGCUUUCCACCCCAUGAUGAUGAGUCAUCAUCCCCGUAGGAUGUUGCCACCUGGCAACACGAGAAAGCGCAAACACUCUGAAGCUGAUAAGCCAGCUACGCCGACCUCUUCCAAUCGGCUUCUAGCCGGCUACCUCGCUCACGAGUUCUUGACGAAAGGAACUCUGUUCGGAGAGAAGUUUGGUCCUGACUCUGAGUCACUGGUUGGCUCAGGUGAGCAAAUAAGGAGCCAGCUGUACUCACGAGCCGAAGCUUCAGAAUCGGAGUUGACUCGACCCUUUGUGAGAAAGGAACAGGAGAGUUACAGUGAGGUAGCAAGCAUAAUGAAGACGGAUGGGACCCACAUAAAGGGAAUUGUAAACCCCACGCAGCUAUCCCGGUGGAUCCGUAUGUAAGAUUUUGGCGGUGAUGAUGAUGAUGACGUGGAGGGAGAUGUUUAUCGUAUUGUUGCGCAGGUUAGUUUGGAGUUGUUUACGUGGUUAACCAUGUAAUUAGAAUGCUGUGUAUCAUCAUCACCAAUUACUUUUAUGACUGUUACUACAUUUCUUUUAUGUCAUCACUUUGGAUGUGAAAAUUGUCUCUUACGGUGGACCAAGGUUUAUCUAAAGUACAUACAAUUGCUGAUAUACAUGCAUUUUGUUCCGUUAAGUAUGA